CAAAAAUAUUGUUUAUUUAUUAUUAUUCGAGGAAAAUAAAUUGACUUCAAAGCUCAUACAAAGAGGAAAUUUUGAAGCGUCUUCGCUUCCUCCACUUCUCUCACGAUCCUUCCUUCUUGCCUAAUUUAUCGGUUUCGUAUCUGAAUUCCCAUCACUCCAUAGCUAGAGAAGAUUCGGACUUUGGAUUUUGAUAUCUCUUCAGUAUUGAAUUCUCGGAAAUUUCGGAUUUUUUCACAGAAAGUUUCCGAGAUCUCGGCGGAGUACUUUUUUUUUUUUCUGACGACGAACCGCCAUGGUUGGGUACUCGAGCUGUAGAAUUAUGUUUAUGGGUCUGAUUCUUCUGCUGAUUUCGAGCUGGGUAUUGGAUAGAUGCGAAGGAAAUGGCGAAUUCGGGUUCGAAUUUCACCACCGCUUCUCGGAUCAGGUCGUGGGGGUUUUGCCCGGAGAUGGUUUGCCUAAUCGGGACUCUUCUAAGUAUUACAGAGUGAUGGCUCAUCGAGAUCGUUUAAUCAGAGGCCGAAGACUUGCAUCCGCUGAAGAUCAGUCACUCGUCACUUUCGCUGACGGCAAUGAAACUGUUCGUGUGGACGCCCUAGGAUUUUUGCAUUACGCGAACGUGACGGUUGGGACGCCGUCUGAUUGGUAUCUGGUAGCUCUAGACACUGGGAGUGACUUGUUUUGGUUGCCCUGUGAUUGUACCAAUUGCGUCCGUGAGCUGAAAGCACCUGGAGGCUCGAGCUUAGACCUCAAUAUUUAUAGCCCUAAUGCAUCAUCGACGAGUUUUAAAGUUCCUUGUAAUAGCACGUUAUGUACAAGAGGUGAUCGAUGCGCUUCCCCUGGUAGUAAUUGUCCGUACCAGAUACGGUAUCUUUCAAAUGGUACCUCUUCUACUGGAGUCCUUGUUGAGGAUGUGCUUCACUUAGUUUCCAAUGAGAAAGAUUCGAAAGCUGUUCGUGCUCGGGUAACCUUGGGAUGUGGUCAAGUUCAGACCGGUGUAUUCCAUGAUGGUGCAGCACCAAAUGGUCUUUUCGGGCUUGGCUUGGAAGACAUAUCAGUUCCAAGUGUAUUAGCUAAGGAAGGAAUCGCAGCAAACUCAUUCUCAAUGUGUUUUGGAAUUGACGGAGCUGGUAGGAUCAGUUUUGGAGAUAAAGGCAGCGUAGACCAACGGGAAACGCCAUUGAACAUAAGACAACCACAUCCUACUUACAAUAUCACCGUCACUCAAAUAAGCGUCGGAGGAAACACCGGUGAUCUUGAAUUUGAUGCUGUUUUCGACUCUGGAACCUCGUUCACUUAUCUGACUAAUGAAGCUUACACACUUGUAUCAGAAAGUUUUAACUCUCUAGCUCUAGACAAACGUUAUCAAACUGAUUCCGAGUUGCCUUUCGAGUACUGCUAUGCAUUAAGUCCAAACAAAGACAGCUUCCAGUAUCCAGCUGUGAAUCUGACAAUGAAAGGAGGGAGCUCAUAUCCAGUUUAUCACCCGUUAGUAGUUAUCCCCAUGAAGGACACAGAUGUCUACUGUUUAGCCAUCAUGAAGAUUGAAGACAUUAGCAUCAUCGGACAGAACUUCAUGACUGGCUAUCGCGUUGUCUUUGAUCGUGAGAAACUGAUUCUGGGAUGGAAAGAAUCUGAUUGUUACACAGGUGAGACCUCAGCUCGGACGCUUCCAUCGAACCGGUCCUCUUCCUCGGCUAGACCGCCAGCUUCUUCGUUUCAGCCAGAAGCCACAAACAUACCAUCUCAAAGACCAACCACGUCGUCGUCUUCUUAUUAUUCUCUCUCUCUCCCACUUUUAAUCUUUUACUUCUUCUCAAUUUUGGCAUUCCUUUGAUUGUUGUUGCAUAUAAUAUAUAUAUUUAGCCAUCUUGUAUACGCAAAUUUAUAUUCUUUAGAAGAUUAUAUUGGGUUAAAAUCACCAACAAAUAUGCUGCAUUACAGUUGUAUUAUUUUUUAUAUGUUGUAUAUGAUAAUUGAUUUGAUUUACACUGUUCGUGUUUGCGAU